AUGAAAUCGGUAGAACAGCAAAAUAAAGAAAAACACAACGAAAAAGAACAACGAAACGAUGAUAGUAAUCACACGACGACAACUAUGCUUCAUACCGAUAUCGAAACAACAUUCAAAUGUGGCUACUGUAAUAUGUCCAAUGUUGAAUUCAAAGAACGACUCUUUAAGGUUACUAGUCAAGAUCAACGUCGUCAAACAUUUGUCAAGGAAUGGUUAGAAAUCGAUAUGACAUUAUUAGAAUUUAUACGAAAAUAUACUUGUAAUAUUGCUCAUGUCUAUUGUUUAAAAAUGGAAUUAGAUUCCUAUAAAAGUUAUAUUAAUAGGACACAAUCAGAAUAUCUUUGGUUAUCACAUUGGCCCAAAAUGAGAAUGAAAGAAGAUAAUAUUGAUGAAAAUUUUUCUGAAACUGAAAAGUACAUCAGAUAUCAGUUAAGAAUUACUAAACAAAGAUUGAGUAAAGCCAUGACUAAACUCAUCAACUGUAUUCGAAAUGAAGACGCUAUCUCAGGAUCAUCUGUUAUGGACAUGACUCUACUAAAAGCUUAUAUUAUUACAUUCGUACGACAAGAUUAUCGAGACAUACAUGAUGAUUUACAACAAAAAAUGGGAUUAUUAUUAUUAAAGGCAGAUGAUGUUCGUCUGGUGAAAGAAUUCUUUGAUUUGAAACCAAGUUCAAUACAAAUAAGUUUAGCUAGAAGUAUAUGGGAGGCAACUAUUCGAGAAGAAGAAAGAAAGAAAGGUAAGAAUCUUGCACGGAACACUGGUCGAAGAAAACGGUCAAAAAAUAAACGUAAACGUCAACAUAGAAAUCAAAACGAGCAACAUAUCAAUCAAUCAUUGAGUCAAUUAUCAAUAUCACAAGAAAUGCAAGCAAAGAGACAAAAAUUAAACACUACCACCACUACCACUACCAUAUCAAUGGCAAUUAUUGACAAGAAUGAUCAAUCAGUGAAUAGAAUUUCCAAAGAAGUGUCGCAUGAUAAAAAUAAUUAUCAAGAAGAAGAAGACGGAGGAGAUAUAGAUAAUGUAGACAAAGAAGAAUAUACGAUGUUUUUUCCAAUGAUUAAUUGUUUACAAAAAUUUAAACCAAAAUAUUUACAAGUAUCUAAUCGAAUAUUUAAACAGAUGUUAUCGAAUGCCAUUGAAGAUGGUAAUAAAAUUGUUCAAUGUUUAAAUACGGAUGAAAAACUUCAAGCAAUUCGUCAAAUAACAGAAAUCAUGAACGAUUUACAUUAUUUUCAAUUACAAGAAAAUUUAUGGCAAGGUUACUAUAAUCUUGGUAUUCAAGAAAAUAUAUGGUCAACAUCCGAAUUAACUGCAACUACGACUAUCGAUUCAAAUCAAGUAAAGAAAUAUUCAACCUAUUAUUUUCCAAAACAUCUCAUUGAAAAACGACAAAAAACAAUUGUACAUCAAAUACAACGUACGAGGAAUCAAUUAGAAGAAUGUGCAAUCUAUUUACAACAACAUACUCUUGAAUGGCAACCUAAUAUUGAGCUCGAUCUCUUAUUACGGACAGUUACUAAUUGUAUCACGAAAGCUCAACAACGUUUAAGAAAAGAGUUUCAGUAUAGAAUAGAUAUAGCACAACUUGAUCUGAAUGAUCGUCGUUCAAUCAAAUAUUUUUAUAAUUUACAACCAAAUCAAGAACAGAUUCGUUUAGCAAAACGAUAUUGGCAAAUUGUAGCAAAUGAACUAAGAACAAAAGAACAAAUAGAAAUACUUCGACAAAGAAUUUUUUUACGACGUUUACCAAAUCAUAUUGAUAAAAUGAUUGAUUGUUCUAUGGAUCAUAUUCAACCGAUGCUGUCAAAUUCUGUUCUUGACAAAGAUCGACGUGCUGGAUUAAUAUCAAAUUAUUCAAAAACAAUUACACAAUAUAAAUUUGAUUUAAUAUCUUUAAAUUUAAAUACGAUGGAAAAUAUUCGACGUGGUCAUCAACAAUUAUUGAUCGAUUUUGAAGAAAAAAUUUUACAAACAUGUCCUAAUUCAUUGAGACAAGCCAUUAAACAACGUCGAGAAACCAUGAAUUAUCGGCAUGAAAAAUUCCUUGAACAUAAAUUGAGUAAUUUUUUCGACGA